AUGACAUAUCGUUGCACUCACUGUGAUGCUAAGUUUUGGUAUGGUGAACGUAUCAACAAGAAGAAGAGGUCACGCAAUCCAGUCUUCACGCUUUGCUGUAUGCAGGGACAAGUAACGUUGCCGUUGCUAAAGGAUCCUCCUCCUGAAAUUAAAAAUUUGAUUUAUGGAGAUGAUGAAUUAAGCCGACAUUAUCAGAAGCACAUCAGGCCUUACAGCAUGCUUUUUUCCUUUACUUCAAUGGGUGGAAGAGUUGAUCAUUCUGUAAAAAAAGGGAGGGGUCCACAAAUGUUUCAGUUGCACGGAGAGAAUUACCAUUUAAUGGGCAGCAUGAUUCCACAACCUGGAGAUUAUGCAAAAUUCUAUCAGAUGUAUAUUGUUGACAUGGAGAAUGAGAUCGAAAAUAGGCUCACUUUCCUCAGCAAGGCUAAAAAUGCACAAGAAUCAACUAAGAAGAACCGACUACGGAAGGAAAUCAUUGAAUUGUUCGUCAAGGUCUUAGAUGAGCACAACCCGUACGUGAAGACAUUUCGGUCUGCAAGAGAGAGAUUCAACACUGACCCUGAGCACAGUUUUCACAUGAGGAUUAUAAGUGAUCGUGUUACUGAUGGAAGAACUUACAACACUCCUACGGCUUCUGAGGUUGCUGCAAUCAUUCCCGGAGAUUUCAAUUUUGACAUGGGGAAGAACCGUGAUAUAAUCCUACAAAAACAAUCCGGAAAGCUGAGGCGUAUUAGCGAGAUUCAUCCGUCGUAUAUCCCACUACAAUAUCCUACGUGUUUCGUUUAUGGAGAAGAUGGUUUCAGGCUUGGAAUUAAGAAAGCAGAUUCAGUUUACGGGAAAAAAAAUAAGAAGGAAAACAUCUCUGUUAGACAGUUUUUUGCUUUCCGUCUAUUUGAAAGAACAAAAGAGUCUAACCAUCUCUUACACUCGAGGAGGCUGUUUCAGCAGUACUUGGUCGAUACCUACACCAUGAUUGAGACUAACAGGCUUACCUAUCUGCGGAUGAACCAGACAAGCUUGAGAUCAGACAGUUAUGACUCAAUCAAACAAGCUGAAGACGCAGGUGUCAUUGAAAUGGAGGAACAAGGUAAUAAGUUUUACUUGCAUGCGUCUUUCACUGGAGGACCAAGGUAUAUGAGGGAGUUAUAUUUCGAUGCGAUGGCGAUAUGCAGACAUUAUGGUUUCCCGGAUUUGUUCAUCACAUUUACAUGCAAUCCUAAAUGGCCAGAACUAACCCGAGAGCUUGAUGGUACAAAUCUGAAACCUACGGAUAGAGCUGAACUCAUCUGCAGGCUGUAUCAUAUAAAACUAGCGUCACUCAUGGAAGACUUGACGGAUAAUGGACUCCUAGGCCAAACAGUUGCGUCAAUGUAUACAAUAGAAUUUCAAAAACGAGGACUGCCACAUGCUCACAUUCUUCUGUUUAUGCAUCAGAAGUGCAAGUUUCCAACUACGGAUGAUAUCGAUAAGAUUAUAUCAGCAGAGAUACCAGAUAAGGUGGAGGAGCCAGAACUAUAUGAAGUUGUGAAGGAUAUGAUGAUUCACGGUCCUUGCGGUAAUGUGAACAUAAACUCACCAUGUAUGGAAAAUGGAAAAUGUUCAAAGCUAUUCCCGAAAGCUCAUGCAGAGAGAACCAAGAUAAGCAAAGAUGGCUUCCCAAUAUACAGGAGACGGGACCAGCCAGGUGUGUUUAUCGAGAAGAAUGGUUUCAAGUGUGACAACCGAUACGUGAUUCCAUAUAACAGAGCUCUGUCCAUCCGUUACAAAGCUCACAUCAAUGUAGAAUGGUGCAACCAGUCAGCUGCUAUUAAGUACUUAUUUAAGUAUAUCAACAAAGGAUCAGAUCGUGUUGCUGUCGUUGUUGAGUCAGCUGAGCAGGCCACACUUGGUGAAGAAGCACGGCAGAAAAAGAAAAAUGGGAGACCUACUAAUGGAGCUAAGCAGACUGAAGAUAGUUCUGAGUCCACUGAGAAGGUUGAGCAGGUUAACGAGAUUAAAGACUAUUUUGAUUGCCGGUUUGUAGGUGCUACAGAAGCUGUAUGGAGAACACUGGGGUUUAAAAUACAUCAUAGAUCUGUGUCUGUGGUUAAACUCACUUUUCACUUAGAAGGGAAACAGCUGGUUAUCUUCAAAGGGAAGGACAAGCUGGAAAGGGUUGUUACACGAAAACUGAUCGAGAAGACUAUGAUGUUGGCUUGGUUUCAGCUGAAUUUGGAAAAUGAGUUUGCUAGAACGCUAACCUAUGUUCAGAUUCCAAAUUUCUUUGUAUAUAUUGCUAGCCAGAAACGUUGGAAAGAAAGGGAGACAGGUUUUGCAAUUGGCAGAAUCAACUAUGCCCCAAGGAAGAUUGAAGAUGCUUAUUAUUGUCGAGUGUUGCUAAAUGUUGUCCGUGGUCCCACAUGUUUUGACGACAUCAAGACAUACAAUGGAGUGCUAUAUCCGAGCAACAAGGAUGCGUGCUAUGCCAGGGGUUUGUUAGAGGAUGACCAAGAGUACAUUGAUGAUAUUCUCAGGAGAAGCUUCACGACUUCCGCAGCUCAACUUCGGCAGUUAUUCGUCACCAUGCUUAAUUCGGACAGUUUAACUUCUCCAGAGCUGGUUUGGAAAAAUACUUGGGAGGCUCUUUCAGAUGACUUACAAAUGAUUAGAAGACGCGAGCUUAAUAGACCAGAAUAUAUCUUGAGUGAUGAAGACCGGAGAGAAUUGUGUUUGCAAGAGAUUGAAAACAUAUUAAAAAGGAACGGUGGAGAUUUCUCACGUUUUAAGACUAUGCCGAAGCCACGAAGAACUGUUGCAAGAGAGGAAAAUGUUUUAAUCGUCGACGAGAAAAGCUACAAUCAGAAAGAACAGAAAGAGAAUCACGAUAGAGAUUUGCCAAAGCUAACCGAUGAGCAGAAGAAAGUGUAUGACGAGAUUGUUGGUGCUGUUUUAGAGAGAACUGGAGGUGUGUUUUUUCUAUUUGGAUUCGGUGGAACAGGAAAAACUUUUCUAUGGAAAAUAUUGUCAUCGGCAAUAAGAUGUCGGGGAGAGAUAGUUCUCAACGUUGCUUCAAGCGGUAUAGCAAGUCUUUUGUUACAGGGAGGGAGAACGGCUCAUUCCAGGUUUGGAAUACCAAUAAAUCCUCAUGAAACAUCAACAUGCAACAUGGAAAAAGGUGGAGAUCUCGCAAAUCUGGUGAAAGAAGCUUCUCUGAUUAUAUGGGAUGAAGCUCCGAUGAUGCAUAAGCAUUGUUUUGAGUCUUUGGAUCGCUCACUGUCUGAUAUUGUUGGUAAUGAAGAUGGGAAACCUUUUGGUGGAAAGGUUAUUGUCUUUGGAGGUGAUUUUCGACAGGUUCUUCCUGUGAUUCCUGGAGCCGGUAGAGCAGAGGUUGUAUGCUCUGCUCUGAACUCAUCUUAUCUCUGGAAGCACUGCAAGGUUCUCAAGCUAACCAAAAAUAUGCGAUUACUAUCUGACAACUUGACCGCAGAAGAAGCAACUGAUCUAAAGCAUUUUUCUAAAUGGAUUCUUGAUGUUGGGGAUGGUAAGAUAGAAGAACCUAACGAUGGAGAAGCUGAGAUAGAUAUUCCGGAAGAGUUUUUAAUAACUGAUGCAGAGGAACCUAUCGAAGCCAUAAGCAGAGAAAUAUAUGGAGAUGCUUCUGAUCUACAGGACAAUACAGAUCCCUUAUUUUUCCAAGGCAGAGCUAUUCUCUGUCCCACUAACGAAGAUGUCAACAUGAUCAAUGAAUACAUGCUCGAUAAGCUGAAUGGGGAGGAGAGAACCUAUCUAAGCUCUGAUACAAUAGAUCCUUGUGACACAGCCGCUAUUAACGACGAGGCUCUAAGCACGGAAUUCCUAAACAGCAUAAGAGUAGCUGGUUUACCUAAUCACGCUUUGCGACUGAAGGUUGGCUGUCCAGUUAUGUUGCUCAGAAAUAUUGAUCCCAUAGGAGGUCUAAUGAACGGAACGAGAUUGCAGAUAACUCAAUUAGCUGAUUUUAUGGUUGAAGCUAAAGUUAUAACAGGAGAUAAGGUCGGUGUGAAGGUUAUUAUUCCUAGGCUUUUGAUUACUCCAUCGGACACCCUACUUCCUUUCAAGAUGAGGAGAAGACAACUUCCUUUAGCUGUUGCAUUCGCAAUAACCAUCAACAAGAGCCAGGGUCAGUCUUUAUCACAGGUUGGGAUAUUCUUGCCAAGGCCUGUUUUCUCUCAUGGACAGCUUUACGUCGCAAUCUCCAGGGUAACCUCCAAGAAGGGAUUGAAGAUCUUGAUCGUCGACAGCGAAGGGAAGCCGCAGAGGAGAACAACCAAUGUUGUUUUCAAAGAGGUUUUCAAGAACCUCUAA